AUGAGAUCUGAGAACUUCACCAUGGGAAAAGGGUUUAUCCUUUUGGGACUUACCCAUCAGCGAAACGAACAGAUUUUGCUCUUCAUGAUCUUCCUCAUAAUCUACUUGCUUACAGUAUUAGGUAACCUAUUGAUCAUCAUACUAGUAUGUUUUGAUGCUCAACUACACACACCUAUGUACUACUUCCUCAGCCAUCUUGCAGGCACAGAGAUUGUGUAUGUCACUACCACUUUGCCUCAGACACUAGCCCAUCUCUUGGCUGGAAAUGGAAUGCUAUCCUCGAUACGUUGCAUGUUACAAGGAGGCAGUGCACUGAGCAUGGGCAGUACAGAAUGCCUGCUCUUGGGAGUCAUGGCUUAUGAUCGCUACUUGGCCAUCUGCAAUCCCUUAAAAUAUGCUUCUGCCAUGGACAAGAAACUCCAACAUCUGCUUGCCAGCUCCUGCUGGAUCAUUGGUUGCCUCUUCUCAAUGGUCAAUGCCGUUUGCAUCUUUCGUCAUUCUUUCUGUGGUCGUAAUUCCAUUAACCACUUCACGUGUGAGUUGCAAUUUGUCCUGAAGUUGGCAUGUGGCAAUAUAAAAUGCACCACAGCCAUUCUUAAUGGUCUGUCAGCAUUUAUUGUUCUGGUUCCUUUUUCUAUUAUUUUAUAUUCCUAUAGUUGCAUCCUGUAUUCCAUUUGUCAAAUGCAAUCAGCUGCGGGUUGGCAGAAAGCUGUCUCUACCUGUGGCUCCCACCUUGCUGUGGUCACCUUGUUCUAUGGUACAAUUAUCUCUAUAUACAUAAUCCCUCAAUCAAGUUCAUAUCCUGACCGGGAGAAAAAAAUUGCAGUCUUGUACAUUGUGGUGACCCCUCUACUUAACCCUAUCAUCUAUACCCUGCGGAACAAGGAUGUCCAUAAGGCUAUGAGUAAGGUGUUGAAAAGAAGUAGAUUAGAGAAAAAGCCAUGA